GCGUCAACUUGAAACAAAUCCAUAACAAUGCACAGGCCCUAAAGCAGCUUGAAGCUUUGAAGGCCGCCUGUGCCCAUAGCCUGCAGUCCAGAUUAGAUGAGGCAAAUCUUGCUCUCUCUGAACGACACAUGUCGACAGAAUGAGACCGGAUAACCAGUCCAGAUGUGACAGAACCAGAUUGAGAACAAGGACCACAUCUGAGACCCCAUCGGAUGUGAGAAUUCUGUUGACCCUGCAUGGUGGCCGCUGCAUGUUCUAUCGAGCGCAGUAAAUAUUAAGCAAAGUGUACGGUAUAAUGACGGGAUAUCUGCAGACUGCAUCUCUAAUCAAUAACAGACUUCGAACAAGGAGCAACUCACCAUCAAAAAUUGGGUUUUGCAGGUAUGUCACCUCUAGGAGUACAGUCUCAUAUAACAUGUAGAUUUGCGAUGAACGAGGUGGAGAGCUUUACUGGAAACAAGUCAAAUGCAAAGAGGGAAGUCACGCUUCUCGCGCAUGUCACAAAUGCCAUGCGAGACGUGACCCGGGACAUCUAGGGCAGGCCGCGCGAUGGUUAGCAUCUAGCUUAACCUAGGCUGGUCGUUGUCGGCGACGACCUCCAACUUGGACCACCCAGUUUUUACCUCUAUACGUCUGGCGAUCUAUCGUAAGACAUAUACUGAAGUUAUAGCGAGUCUUUCUGCCUCCCUUACGAGGUCCUACAUUGAGCUGUUGCAGCGGCGGCGGCGUAAUUCUUGUACUAUCUAAUAGACAAUACGGUCAUAAUGGCCACUCCAACGAGCAGCACACCGUCUCUUACUCCCUCAAGAUCACCAAGCCCAGAGCCUCCUGUCCAACCAGACCAUUUCUACGGCAACGACAAUGCCAAUAUAUCCUCUCCGAGCUCGGAUGGCAAGACUUGGCUCGACCCCGCUGACGACCCUCUCGCGCAGCGUGGUAUACCCGUGUUCAAACCUACCAUGGAGGAAUUCCAGGAUUUUGAAGGAUACAUGAACAAGAUCGAGUGUUGGGGAAUGAGAAGCGGAAUAGUCAAGGUGAUACCCCCUAAGGAAUGGACCGACGCCCUUCCACCUCUUACGAAUCAGCUUGCAAAGGUCAAGCUGAAGAAUCCGAUUGAGCAGCACAUGCUUGGCCGUGGCGGCCUCUUCCGUCAGGAAAACACGGAGAAGAGACGUAUCAUGAGCGUGCGAGAGUGGGCUGAGCUUUGCGCAGAGGAUGACUAUCGCGCCCCCGGUGUUGACGACAUUGGCCUGCACGCUCGCGCGACGAACGGAAGUGCAAGGCCCAGGACGAGGAGAAGUAGACGCAAAGGCAGGGUCUCGGAGACUGCCGAACCGGCUAUGACGCCAGAUGUGCAGGUCAAGGACGAGCAUGAGGACGACGACGAGUUCAUCGCAAGCAUCUCUCAUAUCCAAGACAAAGAUAAAUCGCCAUCGUCCUCAAACGGCGGGGCUGGUAGUCCCGAUGUUCCCAACGACACUGAUGGCCGUAAUCCGUCAGAACAGGAGCCAAACGACCCAAGUGUCCACAUACCUGCUGAGCAGCCGCCCGUUGAUACCCUGGAAGGUGACGAGGAAAAACCAAAAUCAAAGGGAGGAAAGAAAUCGGGGCAGAGCAGAGAAGCCCGUGAAGCCGCACUCGCUCAACGUGCUGCAUUGGACCGGGCUUUUUUGGAGUCGUUUGAUCCUCACUCUGAUUGGCUUCCACCGAACACCACUCAGUUUGACUACACCGUUGAUUUCUGCAAGGAGCUUGAACGACAGUAUUGGCGCAAUUGUGCUAUCGUAAAGUCUGCGUGGUAUGGCGCCGACAUGGCAGGUUCUCUGUUCACAGAUGAAACUACUGCUUGGAACGUCGCCCAUCUCCCCUCAACACUCUCCAGGCUACUUCCCACCUCCUCGAAGGGUCUCCCAGGCGUCAAUACGCCCUACCUUUACUUUGGUAUGUGGCGAGCGACCUUUGCCUGGCACGUCGAGGAUAUGGAUCUGCUUAGCAUAAAUUACAUCCACUUUGGUGCCCCCAAGUAUUGGUAUGCGGUACCUCAGGCACGAGCGGGUGCCUUAGAACAGACAAUGAGAGGAUACUUCCCCAAAGAUACAUCUCAAUGUUCACAGUUCUUGCGACACAAAUCCUUCCUCGCCUCGCCAACGUUACUUUCCCAGUCAUCAUGUCGACCUAACACACUUGUCCAAUCCGCAGGUGAAUUUGUCAUCACCUACCCGCGCGGAUACCAUGCUGGCUUCAACCUGGGCUUCAACUGCGCAGAGAGCGUCAACUUUGCACUGGACAGUUGGUUAGACUUGGGUCGGAAGGCGAAGGCCUGCGAGUGUGUCAGUUUUAGCGUACGCAUCAAUGUCGAUCAGCUACUGGCAGAUCGUGAGGCUGAGCGACUGGAAGCUGAGGCUAAAGAAGCUCAACCCGCCAAAUCCACCAAAGCUAAGACUUCGAGAAAACGCAAACAGCAGCCAACUGAGGGCGACCAGCCCAAAGCGAAGAAGAGCAGGAUGAAGGCGAGCAAUCCCGAAAACCCCUCAAGUUCGGCGUCGUCUUCCAAAGCCGCACAGAAAGUCACUCUAAAGUUAGGACCGAAACCCAAGGAACCCGAAACGUUCCCUUGCUGCCUAUGCGUUUCUCAAAGCCGAGAUGGUCUUCUCCGUGUGCACGAUCCACCGCUGUGGAGGAAAGAGGGUGAGGGCGGUGCAGGCGACGUUUGGAUGGCCCACGAAGAAUGCGCAAAUGUCAUUCCCGAGACAUGGGUGGACGAGAUUGAGGCACCCGCUCCAGACGGCUCGAAUUUCAAAGAACAAGUUGUGUUCGGAGUUGACGCCAUCGUGAAGGAUCGUUGGAAUCUGAAAUGCACGGCUUGUUCGAAAACGAAGAGCAAAGCUCAUGGGGCUCCUAUACAAUGUACCAAAGGAAAAUGUCCGAAGGCAUUCCAUGUCUCUUGUGCUCGCGAUGGAGCAGCUCUUGGUAUCAUCUACUGCGUGCUACGUGAAGUCGAGAAAGAAGUUGUUCUUCUUGAUACUCAACUGGUGGAUCCCCCACUUGCAGUCCAUGAGAACGUCGACGCGAUGGCUGUGGACCCUGCGCUCUUAUCUGUCAACCAUAACAUGGCGGUUGAUAGCGAAAAAUUUCAAGGACCGUUGCAAGACUCCCGGGAGCCCUCUGCAACUGUCCUCAAACUCAUCAAGAAAUGUGAAGUUCAAGUGCUCUGUCCGCAGCAUAAUCCUGCUAUCGCCGAAGCUAAGAAAGCACAGAAACAGGACAGAAUACGGAAUGAUCUGCUUGCUCUACCUCCGAUGGCGCGUAUCAAAUUGAGAGUGAGCGCAGGUGUUUUCGAAGUCACGCUCGUACGAGUGAUCGAAGAGACCAAGUCUGUGGAAGUUCUAUGGGAUCGUGGAAUGAAGAGGGAGUUCAAAUGGGGGAGUGUGGUAUUUGGUACGACGGAGACUGUCGUUGGUCAGAAGCCUUCUGAACCAGCGGCAGAGCCAAUACGACCUCCCGAAGCUAAUCCACCUCCUCAGUUUGCCCCUUUACGAGGCACAGCUCCUACCGUACAUAUUCGACAAUCAUUGCACACGCCAAUGUCGACCCCUGGGGCAGGCCCGUCACAACCUACGGCGCCACCAUCAUCAUAUCCUCUACCGCCAACCCAUUCUGCAUACCAUCAACACACUCACCAACCGCCCAUGUACCCACACCCAUCGCAUUACCAACACCAUAGCACGUCGACAUACCAAUAUGCGCCUGGAAACUGGGCGUAUCAGUACCCACAUCCAUCUCAGCCAUAUUCCGGUAACCAUACGCCUUAUCCUCAGUCCCAAUCUCCGUACUACCGUCCAAGCUACUCUUCGUACCCUCAGUAUCAUGGAUUCAGCUACGCAGCACCCGCACAGCCAGGUCCCACUGCAAACAUCUACACUCAUACUCCGCAUCAGCAAACACCACCUCAAUAUCAGCAUCCUCCUACGCCACAGCCUCAGCCUCAAGCGCAAGCUGAAGCUCAACCUCAGGCACCCCAACAGACUCCUGCCCAGACAGCUACUAUGCGGAGAGAACUUCAAUGGCAGAGGCCGUACACGGGGCCUAAGGCCCCCGCGCAUCCAGGCGCAAAUAUAUCACCGUCAACUGAGACGCUCACAGCAUCUCAAUUGAUAUCUAAUUCUGAGCACUCGUCGCAAACUGGAACCUCGAAUACAGUAUCCCCUGCUCCUUCAGCUUCUCUGACCUCUGAUGUGUCGACGUACCAGGUAGAAGCUCCUGCCUUGCCUCCCUCGUAGUUAUGGACUGUUUUCUUUCACGCUUGCCGGCUUGUUUCGUUAGCUCUGAUCUUACGUUUAUCGUCGUUUAUCCUCUGUAUUGUACUACUCCCCACUUCGAAGAAAAAUACAUCAAUGCUAAUAGACUAUAAUCCAAGGAUGCUGGACGUGAUUAUGCAUGUUCGCUGAUGUAUGUGACUCAUUCAGGUGCAGCCAGAUACGGAAUCUGGCAAAAGGCAUGAGUCGACCCAGGCUCGAACUGAGGACCUUCUGUGUACAUCACAAUGUAAGACAGAUGCGAUAACCGACUACGCCAUCGACUCUUGGAAUGAGCGCUAUGUUGUUAUCAUAUGACUCGGGAAAAAGUAUAAUAAAACACAAUAUCAUAU